GGAGAGAGUGUGAGAGCGAGUGAGAGAGAUUCAGAGUGUGCGAGAGAGUGAGCUAGAGAGAGUGUGGGAGAGAGAGUGAGAGUGCGUAGACCGAGUGGGAGGAAGGUUUAGAAUGUAAGAUCGUGUGUGUGUGUGAACGAGAAGGGUAAGAGAGUGCGAGAGGGAGGGGGGGAGGGAGGCAGUGUUGUAGUAAGACCGAGGCAGAAGCGAACGCGAUGGAGAGAGAUGAGAUGGAGAGAGUUGGAGAGGGUGUGGGAGCCCAUCGCAGCGCUGUGAUCGUCUAACUGAGAAUCGCCACAAACUCGCAACUCGGAGUACAACAACGGCGGCGACAUCACUGGGAAGGAAAACCUCACCGCGCGAGGAGGUAGAGGAGGAGGAAGAGGAGGAGGUGGUGGAGGAAGAGGGACGUUGCAUCUGGCCAGAGGAUGUAACGAACUGUCACGGAGGACACUGUCAGGCAGCCGUGGUUGGUGAACCACGGUGGGAAGGGCACAAGGAAGGGAGCCAAGGGAGGACGACUCGAGUGUGGUGGUGGUGGCAGGAGCCCUGCUCUCCGAUGGAGCGAGUGCGGAGCGAGCCGCUGGCGCCGUGCGGGGCCCCGCCGGGCGGAGCGGCCGCGGCGCCACCUCGGGGCGAGCGGCCCAGGAGCCGGCGCCACUCGGCACACGUCGCCCGCUUCACCGGGGAGCCGGCGAGCCUCUGCGCCUACGCCGUGCUGGGCACCACUCGACCACCCAGCCUCUACGGCAGCGAGCCGGCUCCCAGACUGGUCCAGCAGCAGCACCAGCAGCAGCAUCAACAGCAGCACCAGCAGCAGUACCAGCAGCAGCACCAGCAGCAGCACCCACAGCACCAGCAGCACCUGCAGCAGCACCAGCAUCAGCACCCACAGCAGCAGCACCAGCAGCGGCGCAGCUUCGGCAGCGGCAGCGGCUUGCCUUCGCCGGCUCUCGAGUGCGGCUACCCGAGCCCCGCGCCGGCCGGGCACGAGUCCGAACCGGCACCGCCGCCGCCGCUUCUGGGCAGCCCCCGCGGCAGCGUCACCAGCAGCGGCGGCGGCGGCGGCGGCAGCAGCAGCAACCGCACCAGCGGCAUCAGCAUGGGCUACGACACGCGCUUCCCGAGCGCGCGAUCCUCGCUCGCGAGCAGCGCGUGCUCGCAACUCGCGAGCCCUCGCUCCAGCUACACCGAGCAGCAGCAGCAGCUGCAGCUGCAGCAGCAGCAGCAGCUCGUGCAGCAGGUGCAGCAGUUGCAGAGCCGCUACGGGGCCGGCCUGGACGCCGAGGUGACGCCGAGCCCGCGCGCGAGCGGCAGCUUCGCUCAGCCGCUGCACCAGCAGCUGCUCCUGCAGCAGAAGCACCAGCUAGUGCAGCAGCAGCAGCAGCAACGCGGGACUCCUCCGUUGGUGCAGCAACAGCAACAGCAGCUUUUUCAGCAUCACCAACAUCAUCAGCAGCAGCUUCAGCAUCACCAGCAUCAGCAGCAUCAGCAGCAGCAGGAGCCGCCACCGCCACUGCCAGCCAAGAGCUACGCACCGCGGGCAUGGGAAGCAGUAGCGGGGAGAGUGGCCCUGCCUCCUCCUCAACCUCACCACCCUCAACCUCACCACCCUCAACCUCACCGCCCGGCCCCUCUGGGCACCGCCGUGCCACUGCAGCCGGUCCGCUCGGCCCCCAGCGCGGCGCAGACGUCCACGCGCCUGCCGUGCCUGGCGCUCGACACGGCCGCUGAGAGAUGGAGGCCGUCGAGGGAGCACGUGGAGGAGGAGGGGAGGAGGAGGAGCGAUGAUGUGAACGCUCGAGGAGGAGGUGGUGGGGGUUGCAGCAGCGCGGAGAUGAAGCUGGAGGCGCUGACGCUGAGGUUGGAGCAGGAGCUGGAGACGCGGUGCAAGGCGGAGUACUUUGGCAUGUGCGUCAAGUGUAACGCGGGGGUGUACGGUGCGGGUCAAGCGUGCCAGGCCAUGGACGGGCUCUAUCACACCUCCUGCUUCACCUGCUUCUCGUGCGGACGUGCCCUGCGAGGGAAGGCGUUUUACAGCGUGCACGGCCGGGCGUACUGCGAGGAGGACUACCUGUACUCGGGCUUCCAGCAGUCGGCGGAGAAGUGCUUCGUGUGCGGACACCUCGUCAUGGAGAUGAUCCUGCAGGCGCUGGGCCGGGCCUACCACCCGGGCUGCUUCCGCUGUGUCGUGUGCAACGAGUGCCUGGAUGGCGUUCCCUUCACCGUCGACGUCGCCAACAAGAUCUACUGCGUGCGGGACUACCACCGGGCCUUCGCCCCUAAGUGUGCGGCCUGCGGCGGGCCCAUCCUCCCCGCUCAGGGCACGGAGGAGACGAUCCGGGUGGUGUCCAUGGACAGAGACUACCACGUGGAGUGCUACCACUGCGAGGACUGCGGGCUGCCACUCAACGACGGCUCCACCCGGCGCUGCUACCCACUGGCGGGACACCUACUGUGCCACCCGUGCCACGUGCGGCGCUUGCAGCAGCAGCAGCAGCAGCUGGUGGUGGCGGUGCCGGGCAGCGCCGACGGCACCGCACGGCUCGCGCCGAGACUCCACCUUCCCGCCACCGAGUUCUGAAGUCCCGCAGCGACCGCUCACUAAGAUCCACCACCCUCCAUCCACCACCCCCUACCCCACCACCCCCUACCCCGCCACCCCCUACCCCGCCACCCCCUACCCCACCACUCGAACCCUGGAUGGGUAACGAACCCUGGAUGGGUCACGAACCCUGGAUGGGUCACGAACCCUGGAUGGGUAUCGGAACCUGGAUGGGUCACGAACCCUGGAUGGGUCAUGAACCCUGGAUGGGUCACGAACCCUGGAUGGGUAACAAACCCUGGAUGGGUCACGAACCCUGGAUGGGUCAUGAACCCUGGAUGGGUCACGAACCCUGGAUGGGUAACAAACCCUGGAUGGGUCACGAACCCUGGAUGGGUAACAAACCCUGGAUGGGUAACAAACCCUGGAUGGGUAACAAACCCUGGAUGGGUCAUGAACCCUGGAUGGGUAACAAACCCUGGAUGGGUCACGAACCCUGGAUGGGUAUCGGACCCUGGAUGGGUCACGAACCCUGGAUGGGUCACGAACCCUGGAUGGGUCACGAACCCUGGAUGGGUCACGAACCCUGGCUGGAUGUCGGACCCUGGCUGGAUGUCAGACCCUGGCUAGGAAUCGAACCCUGGCUGGGAAUCGAACCCCGUUUUGCUGGGUUUGUGGCGCUGUGCGUGUGAACCACUGCAUCACGCUACUGCUGGCAGCGCACACACACGCACGCGCAGAUACACGAGCUCACUCGCAGAUACAACAGACUUAUUUGGUCCAAGUGCCUCUUAGCAAGCAGCAUCUGUUAGGGCCGCGCACGAGGGGAUGGUGUCGCCAGCGCCACAGCGCCCGCUCAUUUAAAGGCCGAGUCGACCUAGGGGAGGCCCAGAACCGGUUCAGAAAAUCAUGACCGGUGUUGGCCGUCAGCGCGAAUCGAACUCGGGUAGCCGGGUUCGUAGCGCAGUGCGCUAACCGCUGCUCCACCGCUCCUUACACGCACAAAACAAAGAUCGCCCGUAUAGCCUGAAUAGACCGUUGGGGUCAAGUGCUGUUAGCGAGCACACGCACACGGACACCCUCCUUCCCGUUGGCCACCUCUUGUCCCCGACUUGCCGUCUGACAUUCCACUCCGCCAAGGGGGUAAAGCAGCUCCAGGCAAGAGCAAAUCCACGUAGCGAUGCACAUUCCUCGUACACAUUCCGUAGAACCUUAUUGUUAUUAUAAUACGUGUAUAAUUAUUAUCGUCGCCGCUGUUGUAAUUAUUAUCAAGCCCGCGCGACGUGGCAGCACUAUCGUUGACAUGAAGCACUUAAUCCCACCCCAACCACCCAUCCACUAUCAUCACCCCUCUCACCUCGUCCUCCUACGUCCUCACUCCGUCCUGUGACUCCCAUCUUCACGUGAGGGUGGGGCGGUUGACAUUUGAUUUAAGUAACGGCGCAAAUUAUCUUUCUCGAAGUCCGAUUCUUACGCUCUCGAAAUGUACACCGAAUUGUAGUUAGCGUCUCGUUGGCUAGGAGAUGUUAACUGCCUCGCCUGGUACACAGGAGGUCGUGGGUUCGAUCCCGACCCUGACGCCUGCUGCUGUAUAUUUGGAGAGUCUCUUUCCCUGUGAUUAGUGUGGACAUUUAGAAUCCAUUUAUUUGGCCGCUUUACAUUUUCACGUGAUGAUGAUAAGCCACUUCGUUGAGCUCUCAUUUGGCUUCUGCAACAUACCUAUGUGUUAAAAUAAAAACAAAUGUAAUAGUUUAGAAUAGAUUCCCAUCUAUGCAAAUUAUACCACAGCCUUACGUUUACACCAAUUUUGCCACGGUUGAUACAUUUCUCGCAAAUUACUUCGCAGCGUCGACCCCCUGCCCCCGCCACCGCCCUCUCCUAAUGCCCAUGUAUUUACAGGCCCGUUGCUGCGAGCACCCAGUGCCGCACAGGGACAGCUGCCACCGGGGACGUCCCCGUUUCGUGGCUAGACCGCAGCAGGGCAUCGGAACGGUCGGGGUGUGAGGGAGGGUCGGUGGAGUAGCGGAGGCGUCCAAGGGAGCGCCGCUGCUCCGUGUCGUCCCCUUUGACCCUUCAAACCGGGGCAAACUGACGCUCGCACAUAACGGGACGGGACGAAAUGGGAAACGCUAACAAACGAGACUGGUGAAAAGUGAACGCAAAAGAAUCGCUUCUUGAAUCAAAUGGCGCCUCCUCGCCCCGCCCCCAAAUUGUGACCGUUUAUCCCAGGUCUAGUAUUUUAUAUAUAUAUAUUUUUAUAUAUACACAAGGCUCUUAUUUGUAACAAAAAUAUUCCGCUCGUUAAUGGCACCGACUGAAGCGGAGCUGUUAAUGCAAGGGAACGCGAACAAAGGCGGGGAGGGGGUUUGCGGUCGGUGGGCAGGGCGCCCUUGCGUUGGCGCUGCCACAUGGCGCUCUUUAACGAGCCGCUGCGUUGUGACGUCACGCGCACGCUCGGCCAAUGAGGGCUCGCGAACCCCCCCCCCCCCCCGUACGCGAGCCCAGGCCAAUCGCCUCCUCCCAUUGGCUGGGUUGUGACUCGGCCCACCUAAAAACGACGCUCAUUCGGAGGCGGCUCUGCGGUCCAGAGGUCGCAACCGGGUACCCGAUACCCGUAUCCUACCCAAUACCCGGCUACCCAUACCCAGUCGGGUACGGGUACGGGUACCCGUUUGCGACCCUGGUGCGGCCGGGUACGGGUAGGCUGUGAGUCACUGGUGAGUAACUGUUUGCCACUCAUUUCUCAACGUCUUGUCUCUUCUCACAAUUUAAGUUCCUAGAAUCAACCCACCCAUGCCUGCAACAUGGCUUCAUCCCAGAGGUCGCAAUCAGGUACCCGAUACCCGUACCCGGCCGGGUACGGGUAGGGUACGGGUACCCGUUUGCGACCCUGGUGCGGCCGGGUACGGGUACGGAUAGACCGUGAGUCACUGGUGAGUAACUAUUUGUCACUCAUUUCCCAACGUCUUGUCUCUUCUCACAAUUCAAGUUCCUAGAAUCAACCCACCCACGCCUGCAACAUGGCUUCAUCCCAGAGGUCGCAAUCAGGUACCCGAUACCCGUACCCGGCGGGGUACGGGUAGGGUACGGGUACCCGUUUGCGACCUUGGUGCGGCCGGGUACGGUUAAGGAAUCAAAACCCGUUUGCGACCUCUGCUGCGGACCCCUUGGCUGCUGUUGUACGACGGUGCGCUCUGGGAUGCUGCUCACAGGGUCAUUCAAGAGACAAAAAACAAUGCGCUCUGGAGCGCUGCGCGCUGCCCUUUGAACGCAGCCUGGGUGAGAUCUAAGGCCAUGAUAUGCUAAAGUGCAAUGUUAGGGCAAUUGCGGCAGCAAUGGUUGCUGUGGCCAUUUUGUUUUGUAAUUUAAAAUUUGUUUUAAGUCUAAAGUUGCCCAAAUCUGGACCAAUCCGAUAGCUGCUGGCCACCCCCUCGAGUUGACAAAUGGGAAUGUCAGGCUCCAACGUCACUGUGGUGGUGCCAAACCCCCGCCUCUAAGCACCGCUGCCUCACCGGAAACAUCACUGACGGCCCAACCAAGACACAAGAGGUUUUUGAGUUAGAUAGAGUAAAUAUAAACGUGUCGCUAAACCCUCCACCACUCGACACAGCCAACUAGCAAGGUUUGUCACGUAAACAAAACAUGCCAAUUCGUUACUAGUACAGCACACCGGUGUUUUUGGAGGGUAAACCCCACAUUUUCAAAUCGAGUACGACCACCGGCAGAGGCUACUGAAGGGCUUCAUGACCUCGAAAUCCACACUUCAAACGUCGCCAGACUUCACAUUGGCACGCGAAACGAGCAGCUUCCAAUCAGAACCACAGGUGGAGAGGUCACGUGGCUGCCCCAAAGGUAGUAGACCAACCGCCGCUCAAUACAGAGUUUGCAACAAAGCUGCUCAUUGGCAGGGGGUGAGGCUUAUUGCAGAAGCAUGCGACGGAGGCCCUGUGGACCAACCUGGUCAAGUCCGCGUGCGGAUGCAUUCACCGUGACCACACGCCAGUUCGCGUCACGUUGGACGUCAAAAGACGCCCGUGACGUUUCGAAAGAGAGGAGGCCACGUGUGCCCACAAUCGUGGUCCAAUUUUGAGAAGAAAAAAAAUGUACCCGCAAAUUUAUUCCGGUAAAAAAAAAUACGCAUCGCAUCACCACCUCCAUCUCUCUUACUCACCCAGUGAGACUCAGCAGCACCUUCUUGAUUGCCGUGCGCCACGAGGAUGCAAUCAACGGCAGAGCGCGCUUGCGAUUCGACGUCGCAGCGUCGCCGUUCCAACCCGAGUCGCCCCGCAGUAAACGCGUUGCCGGUGAUGGUGGCGCUGGUCUUUGUCCGCCUGGCGUGCGCGGGAGUGAGUGUGUGGCUGGGGCACGUGAGCGUUCGGGUUUGCGCGUGCGAGAGUGAGAGAGCGAGAAACGCCGAGAGCCCAGCUGAGCAGCUCGUCCACGCUGGGUUGCUGAACGCGUUCGCUGUGUUACGGAGCCCGCCGCUCGGUCACGGAGAUGUAUCGCGCGACUGGUCGCGACCGAUCAUUGCAAACCAGUAAAGUAUUUAUCUGUUUGUUUUUGUACCUUG